CACAUAAUUCUCCACAACUGUUCAGAACAACACUAUCAAAUAAAAUGGCACACCAAUCCACAAUCGGAAGCUGGACGGAAUCGGUGACUUCACUGCCCCCGAAUCGUCGGUACAUCUGCACGCACGACAAAAAUGGCAAGUCCAUUGUGCACUCUUCACCCGCACAACAGUACCAUGGCCGCGCUGGCGUAGGCGGAAUGGCUCGCUCGUACUCCACGGCCACAGUCCCUGCAAAGCUCAAUAGUGACGAGGAUGUCGAAGCGUACCUGAAGCCCACAGGUCCGACAUCAUUCAAGGGCACUGAUAUUGUGUCGCCUUUGGGUACGGGUUCCAAUUUGCUGGUUGUUGAUAUAGCACCAGGAGGACAGUCGCAGAUGCAUAGGACGAUAUCGAUUGAUUACAGUAUCUGUGUUAUUGGGCAUGUUAGGAUGGAGCUGGAUAACGGGGAAUUUAUUGAUCUGAGGCCGGGUGAUCAUAUCAUCCAGAGAGGGACUAUGCACAAGUGGUGGAAUGGAUCCAAGACAGAGCCUGCACGUUUUGUUGCCGUAACGUUGCCGUGUGAGCCGUUUGAGAUCCCAGGCACGGGUGAGACUCUUCGGGAAGAUCACGUUGAAGGAACUGGUGCUACAAAGUCAGAUGGUAGCAAGCUUUGAAUAUGGCGAAAGCGAAAUGUGAUGUGAAAUAAUUCUUUAGCUAGUAGCAUCAUACUAUCGUCCCCACACUCCAACACUCAUUCUGAAUCGUGGA